GGUGGACUAGAUUGUAGAUGUCUGAUUUCUCAUCUUCCCACUGAUAAGUAUAUCGUUCGAACAUUGACUACAGUAGCAACUCCACACCGCGGCAGUCCAUUUAUGGAUUGGUGUCGGGAUAAUAUUGGAGUGGGCGAAAUUAGUCAAACGUUUGAAGGAGCUGCUAAAGUUGUAGAUGAUGCUUUAAAACAAAUGGCUGAGAAAACGCGUGACCGUAAGAACCCCAAUGAUUCAAGAUCUUCUCUAUCAGAAUCAAGGUCUCAUUCUCAAGCAGUAAAUCAAAAAGAUUCGUUUCCAGCAGAAUAUCCUCGUGAUACUAUUGUUAGUACAAAAUCGGAUAAAUCUGAAUCAUCUAAUGCUUCUAAUAAGAAAUCAUUCAGCAUACACCUUCCGAAUUUUAACCUUUCUCUUCCAAACAUUAACCUUUCAAAAAUUAACCUUCCAAACAAUAACCUUUCAAAUAUUAACCUUUCAAACAUUAACCUUUCAAAAAUUAACCUUUCAAACAUUAACCUUUCAAAAAUUAACCUUUCUAGCCUAUUUUCUAUUCCACAAGCAACAUAUACUAUUUUGCGCCCCGUCACUCAAUCUUUAAUUCACGCUGUUGAUACUCCUGCUUACAGUAAUCUCACUACUGAUUAUUGUGUUAACUAUUUUAAUAGGGUCACUCCUAAUGAUCCAUCAGUUGAAUACUAUUCAUAUGGUGCUUCUACAAAUGUUCCAUUUUGGUCACCUUUAUAUAUUCCUCAUCAGAUAAUUAAAGACAAAAAGGUCCUAAUGAUGGAUUGGUUAGUGUUAGAUCCGCUCAAUGGGGCAAAUAUUUUGGGACUGUAG